AUGGCUGCUAUAACAGGUGGGGGAAGGGGACUACGCAGUGAGAUGCACUGCAGGUUCUAUUUGGUGAACUUUGAAUACUGUAAUGACUUACCAACCGCAAAAUCAAGCGCCUCAUCUCUAAGUGUUACAAACUCACCAUUGAGUCCAACCCGAGCUCCACAUAGGUUAGGUGUUCCGGCAGCGCCCACACAAGUUCAAAUCCCUCCACUACUAUCGGUCUUUCAUCGACCUUUGUCCUUAGCGCCUCCGCAACCUUGCAAUACAGUGGGAGGAUGUCUAUUUGACAGAGCUAUGUGUACAUAUGUACACCCCGAAGAUGUGCCUUACGCGAAUCGCUUUGUGCGCUUCAAAGUGGGACUAUCUAGUUUUGUACGAUCUCGUAUUCCUCCUGGCGGAUCAUCUGUGCUUGAAACCAACACCCAUAUGACCGAACCACAUACGGUAGGCAGAUAACC